GGCUCGGUCGGUUCGGUGGUAUAGGUGAGCACGAGAGACAGCGCCGUUGCUCCGGUAGAAGAGCGGCAGUAGCAUCAUCAAAGCGACCAACCCUGUUCUGACACCCACCUCUCCUUUUAUUUCGCCCCUCGGUUUCAUCGCUGUCACGGGAGAGAGGGGAGAAAAGAGAGGGCGGGAGAGAGGGAAAUGGUGUAAAGAACCCCGCAUCAUUCCAGCUGGCUGCGUCUGGAACAGUGGCGCGUGGAGAAUGGGAUUGGGCUGGCUCACCCAGUCACCGGAGUACCAGCGCCUUUUCAACGGACUCUUGCUCAGACCUCUUCUCUCGCUGCCGCGUCUGUCCGCCUCACAGCUCCUUCGCCCUGGCUGGAGAUAACCUAAAGGAGACGCAAGACUUGCUGCAGGAGCACCAGCUCUGCUUAUUCACCAGAGUGAUUCACUAGUUGCUGCUCUCACUAGCGGGAGAAGGUGGUUGUGCUCUGUGACUGCAACAGUGUACCACUCCAAACACUCUGACAUGGUCACAUGACUGGGCUCUACAUUAGCAAGCCAAUCGCCUGCCUCGGGCUGGGCCUGUGACCAAUCAGAACCUUGAAUCAGAUUAUUCAGUCACCUAGACACCUGCUCUCCGUAACACAAACACAGCCACACACAGCCACACACACACACACACACACACACACACACACACACACACACACACACACACACACACACACACACACAAACUCAAAUGCACACAUGCUCCUAACUCGCCAUGAAUCUGACAGUGAAGUUGAGGCGAAACUUGCGUCGGCUGGUGAUCCUGCUGGCCUCCUUCUGUGUGGUCAGUGUUUUGGUGUCAGCCUACUACCUCUACACUGGGUCCACUCAGGAGCUCGAGCUCACAGACCGGGCCUCUGGACCCGACUGCUCAGACCCACACGCUCUCCCUUACCGACAGGCAGAGCCACGGACACCUAAGCCCAUCGACACCAGCCGUAAGGACCCUGUGGUGCUGGUGUUUGUUGAGAGCCAGUACUCUCAGCUGGGGCAGGACAUCAUUGCGAUUCUCGAGUCCAACCAGUUUCAGUACCGCUCUGAGAUCGCGCCAGGCAAAGGGGACAUUCCGCCACUCACACACAAGGGCCGUGGACGCUACGCCCUCAUCAUCUACGAGAACCUGCUCAAGUACGCCAACAUGGACACGUGGAACCGAGACCUGCUGGACAAGUACUGCGCUGAGUAUAGCGUGGGCGUCAUUGGGUUCCAUCGCGCCAGUGAGAACUCUCCGGCGGUUCUACGGCUGCGGGGGUUCCCCGCGCUCAUGCACACCAACGUGGGGCUGCGGGACUGCUGCGUCAGCCCGCGCUCGCCCCUGCUCUACGUCACCAAAGCCGAGCUGGACCGCGGCCCGCUGCCAGGGGACGACUGGACCGUCUUCCUGUCCAACCACUCCACAUACGAGCCGGUGCUGCUGGCCAGGCCGCGGCCAUCGGAGGUUGGGGGCCCUCAGGAGCCGCCGGGAUCGACUCCGCUGCUGGCCACCGUGGUGCAGGACCUGGGGCUGUUUGACGGUGUCCAGCGCGUGCUGUUUGGCCACGGACUGAGCUACUGGCUUCACCGCCUGAUACUGGUGGACGCCAUCUCUUACCUGUCUGGCCGUAAGCUGUCCCGCUCCCUGGAGCGCUACGUCCUGGUGGACAUUGAUGACAUCUUCGUGGGGAAGAAGGGAACCAGAAUGAAUGUCAACGAUGUGAAGGCUCUGUUAGAAACUCAGCAACUCCUGCGAGCUCAGAUAUCAAACUUCACGUUCAAUCUAGGAUUCUCUGGAAAAUUCUUCCACACAGGCACAGGGGAGGAGGAUGCUGGGGACGACCUGCUGCUGAGCUAUGUGGAGGAGUUCUGGUGGUUCCCACACAUGUGGAGCCACAUGCAGCCGCAUCUCUUCCACAACGAGUCGUCUCUCAUGGAGCAGAUGAUCCUCAACAAGGACUUUGCACUGGAUCAUGGCAUUCCCACGGAUAUGGGCUAUGCGGUGGCCCCGCACCACUCUGGGGUAUACCCAGUGCACCUGCAGCUCUACGAGUCAUGGAAGAAGGCCUGGGGCAUCCGAGUGACCAGCACUGAGGAAUACCCCCACCUGAAGCCAGCCCGCCACCGCAAGGGCUUCAUCCACAACAACAUCAUGGUCCUCCCCCGCCAGACAUGCGGCCUGUUCACACACACCAUCUUCUACAAGGAGUACCCAGGAGGCCCCAAAGAGCUGGACAAGAGCAUCAGAGGGGGGGAGCUGUUCCUCACUGUCCUGCUGAACCCAAUCAGCAUCUUCAUGACUCACCUGUCCAACUACGGGAAUGACCGUCUGGGUCUGUACACGUUUGCCAACCUGGCCACGUUCCUCCAGUGCUGGACCAACCUGCGGCUCCACACGCUGCCUCCGCUUCAGCUGGCGCACAAGUACUUCCAGCUCUUCCCCGAGCAGAGACACCCGCUCUGGCAGAACCCUUGUGAUGACAAGAGGCAUAAGGACAUCUGGUCGAAGGAGAAGACCUGUGACAGACUGCCCAAGUUCCUGGUCAUUGGUCCACAGAAGACAGGGACGACAGCGCUCUACCUCUUCCUCAUCAUGCAUCCCUCCAUUUCCUCCAACUUCCCUUCUGCCAAGACUUUUGAGGAAGUGCAGUUCUUCAACACCCACAACUACCAUAAAGGCAUUGACUGGUAUAUGGAUUUCUUUCCGGUGCCAUCUAAUGUCACAACGGACUUCCUGUUUGAGAAGAGUGCAAACUACUUCCCCUCAGAGGAGUCACCGAAGCGAGCCGCAGCCCUGUUGCCCCGAGCCAAGGUCAUCACCCUCCUCAUCAACCCGUCAGACAGGGCCUACUCAUGGUACCAGCACCAGCGGGCUCAUGAGGACCGCACGGCUCUGCGCUACAGCUUCUAUGAGGUCAUCUCAGCCGGACACCUGGCCGCUCCAGAGCUGCGCUCGCUGCAGAGCCGCUGCCCCUCCUGCUCCGGCUCUAAUGGCCCACCUGGAGCGCUGGUCUUCAAUAAUUAAUUACCCGCCAACCAGCUGAUGAUAAUUGAUGGGCAGCAGCUGAGGAAUGACCCCGCAGCAGUCAUGGACGAGGUGCAGUUCCUUGGGAGUGUCGCUUCUACCAACUACAAUCAGGGGUUUGACCGGCAGAAGGGGUUCUGGUGCCAGCUGUUGGAGGGAGGGAAGACCAAGUGUCUUGGGAAGAGCAAAGGCAGGAAAUAUCCCCCCAUGGACCCCGAGUCCCGUGCGCUGCUGUCCCACUACUACCGGGACCAUAAUGUGGAGCUGUCCAAGCUGCUGCACAGACUGGGCCAGCCGCUGCCCUCAUGGCUCAGGGAAGAGCUGCAGAAAGUCAGAUAACCCCGCCUGACCCGCAUACCUGACCUGCACACCUGGCCCGCACACCUGACCCGCACACAGCCAAGCAGAGCGAGAGAGAGAGAGAGAGAGAGAGAGAGAGAGAGAGCAGGAGGGUUCCAGAGAGAUGCGCGAGCGUCCAGUGCCUGUGUCCACCCAGCAGCCCCUGACAGGACAAGCAGGCUCCUGGGCCAGCAGGCCACAGAGACAGACGCCAGGGGACGGAGGAGAGAACAGCAGGGAAGGACUGAUUACCAGCAUGAUGGAGUGAGCGAGCGAGCGAGCGUGUGUGUAUGUGUGUGUGAGGGUGUGUAUGUGUGUGAGAGGGUGUGUGUGAGUGUGUGUGUUUGUGAGUGUGCGUGUGUGUAUGUGUGAGGGUGUGUAUGUGU